AUGUCUCGAGCUUUGUUCGCCUCCACCCUGCAAGCUCUCAAGAGCGUCAAGGACAAUCCCUAUGUCCAGUAUAUUGGCCUCAACUUGGCCAAUAUCUCCAAGCUUCCUCCGGGUUACACAAAAGUUCGAGUGAAGAAAACACGACUCGAGAUGGUCCAAAUUACUGCGGCUGUUUGCGGGAUCGAACUCUGUUACGCUGCCGAAACGGCCUUCGUUAGCCCGAUCCUCCUAAAGCUAGGCGUACCCGUCAUCUAUAUGACGUGGGUGUGGUGUUUAAGUCCUUUGCUUGGAUUUUUCCUGGUACCCUUACUGGGUUCCAUGAGCGACAGAUGCAGGCUGAAACUUGGUCGGAGGCGACCGUUCAUUCUUGUGAUGACAGCUGGGAUUAUUUUUGGAUUGAUUCUCGUUCCAAACGGAGAGUGGCUUGGUUUAUUGAUGGGGGAUAUAUCACCCAGUGACUAUGUAACAAGCAUGCAAAAUGGUUCAAACUUAUUGUCGGAUGGUGCUACCGAGUUUAAUGAGCUAUCAACACCGACGCCGCCAGAGAAACAUUGGUUACAAAUCCGAGGCGUCAUUCUAACAAUUAUCGGAGUUGUUAUGUUGGAUUUCAACUGUGAUGCUUGCCAGUCGCCAUCACGUUCUUAUCUUCUCGAUGUCACUAUCCCCGAAGAUCACAAAACAGGUAUCAUUACUUUCACGGUAAUGGCGGGUCUUGGAGGCAGCGUCGGUUACAUCAUGGGUAGCAUCAAGUGGAACGCGGAAACGCUAGGUUCAGCCUUUGAGGGUCACGUCCGGUUGGUUUUUACGAUUGUCCUAUGUGUGUUCAUUCCUUGUAUAUUGUCGACAGUGACGAGUGUUAAAGAGACGCCAUUGGACGAGUUAGAUAUUGACGUGAAAGACUAUCAAAAGAAAAAGAAAAAAAUAGGCAAAUCGAAAUAUGAAAAGUUUGAAAAUGAAAGUGAUUCAAGUGAUGAUAACGGGGAUAAACCAGCCGUCCAAAUGUACGGUGCAGUCGAUCCAACAUUGCCUCCGAGUGAAAACGGAAGGGUACUUACAGAAAUGGGAACGCUGGACUGCCAGACGAAAUACGAAAAGGAGAACGAGUCCGUUCCAAAUUUUAAGAAGCUCUCUGAUACUGAACUCGGUGACCACACUGAUUGUGACACCAUACAAAUUUCGACAGAUGUAACUCUAAAGACAUACCUUCAGUCUAUUAUCCGCAUGCCAAAAUCCCUUUUCAUCCUUUGUAUAACGAAUCUUUUUUGUUGGAUGUCUCUCGUCUGCUACUCCCUUUUUUUCACAGACUUUGUUGGGCAAGCAGUGUAUGGCGGUGACCCAAACGCCCCAAGAGGUAGCGACCGACAUGAAAAUUAUGAAGCGGGUGUUCGUCUUGGUUCUUUCGCUAUGUCUUUAUAUUCAUUUUCAUGCGCCGUGUAUUCGUUAGCGUUCGAAAGACUGGUGAAAAGAUUCAGUAAGUAUAAUGUUUAUAUAUUAUUUGUAUAA